CGGACUCGGUUUGAAUGAAAUCCGGCUGAUUCACGGUGGCCCGGGCGGAGGUGGCGCGGCCGGGGAGGGUCUGCGCGGAGUACACUGUAGGAAACCAGAAAAACAACAAGGAUUGAGAUUGACUUUCUUCAGAAAUUUUUAUGCAAACAUAUUUGAAAGCUGUAUGUCCCUGGAAAGGUACUAGGCAAGCUGAAACGUCUGACAGAAGUUGUCAGCCCAGGAGAACGCUCUUGUGUUGAGGGAUCACAUCGUGGAGCGUUAAUGCGAGAUAAAAGUCGUGCACUGUAGUGUGAAAUUCCUGUGUCUCAUGCAAAGAGAUACACUUCUCUUUAAACAGAGACUGCUAACGCUUGCAGGCAGGAGGAAAUAUUAUCAAAAUAACUUUUACUGACUUUGGAAGAAGUGGAGGAAAGAAACCCGCUGGCAUCGUCUUUAUAGUCAUAAAGUGGGAGCUGCUCUUGAGUUUGUUCUGCAAUCACGUCUUGCUGAGUACCAGAGAUAUGGAUAGACUUCUGCGACUUGGAGGAGGUAUGCCUGGGCUGGGACAGGGGCCACCAACAGAUGCUCCAGCGGUCGAUACAGCGGAACAGGUUUAUAUCUCUUCCCUUGCACUGCUGAAAAUGUUGAAGCAUGGUCGUGCUGGUGUCCCUAUGGAAGUUAUGGGUUUGAUGCUCGGGGAAUUUGUUGAUGAUUACACUGUGAGGGUGAUUGAUGUUUUUGCGAUGCCGCAGUCGGGAACGGGUGUCAGUGUGGAGGCAGUUGAUCCUGUAUUUCAAGCAAAAAUGUUGGAUAUGCUGAAACAGACGGGAAGACCUGAGAUGGUAGUUGGUUGGUAUCACAGUCACCCUGGCUUUGGCUGUUGGUUGUCUGGUGUAGAUAUCAAUACUCAGCAGAGCUUUGAAGCCUUAUCAGAAAGAGCUGUUGCUGUGGUGGUGGAUCCCAUUCAGAGUGUAAAAGGAAAGGUUGUUAUUGAUGCCUUCAGAUUGAUCAAUGCUAAUAUGAUGGUCUUGGGACAUGAACCAAGACAAACAACUUCAAAUCUGGGUCACUUAAACAAGCCAUCUAUCCAGGCACUAAUUCAUGGACUGAACAGACAUUACUAUUCCAUCACCAUCAACUACAGGAAGAAUGAACUAGAACAGAAGAUGUUGCUAAAUUUGCAUAAGAAGAGUUGGAUGGAAGGUUUGACACUUCAGGACUACAGUGAACAUUGCAAACUCAAUGAAACAGUAGUGAAGGAGAUGUUAGAGUUAGCUAAGAAUUAUAACAAGGCUGUUGAAGAAGAAGAUAAGAUGACACCUGAACAGCUGGCAAUAAAAAAUGUUGGCAAGCAGGACCCCAAGCGUCAUUUAGAAGAGCAUGUGGAUGUGCUGAUGACCUCAAACAUUGUCCAGUGUUUAGCUGCUAUGUUGGAUACAGUUGUAUUUAAAUAACUGAUUUACUGUUUGUGGUGCUUUCUGUGUAUAUUUGUUUAUUGUUUCUAAUACUCACAAAACAGAGACUGUUGAGGCUAUAUUUGAUUAAGCAGAGACAUCUGACUUCAUUUGCAAUGUAAGUGCAGCACUAUAACACCUUUCAGUCUCUAAUUGUGCAGUUGCUUAAUUUUCUUUAUGUCAGGGUCUUCACAGAUUCCAAAGCAUUCAAGAACACAAUGUGGGAAAAAAUGUAUUACAUUUUCAUUUAAUAUUGGGGGGAUAAUCAGUAGUACAUAUAUAUUUUGAUUGUUGCAACAUAAUAAAAAUACAUUUACAAACCA